AUGGCAUCCACAAUCGUCAACUGGCUGCGCUCACCCGCCGCCCGCGAAUACUUCUUCAGUACUCACUUCUGGGGACCGGUUGCAAACUGGGGCCUCCCGCUAGCUGCGCUCGCCGACCUGCGGAAGGAUGAGGAUGUGAUUUCGGGGGCAAUGACCACCGCGCUGACGUCGUACUCCCUAGUGUUCAUGCGUUUCGCAUGGCGAGUUCAGCCGCGGAAUUACCUCCUCUUCGCAUGUCAUGCGACGAACGCGACAGCGCAGACGGUGCAGGGCAUGCGUUUCGUCAACUACUGGUACAUGGGGGGAAGGGACAAGGCAAUCACGGAGAACACUGCCGUUCCUGCGUCAAAAUAG